AUGUCCGAUCUCUCUGUUGAGCUGACAGCCCCCAACGGUGUCAAGUACACCCAGCCCACCGGUCUCUUCAUCAAUAAUGAGUUUGUCCAAUCUGCCCAGGGCGAGCUCAUUGACUCGAUAGAUCCUGCCACCGAAGAAAAGAUUGCAUCCGUCCAGGCCGCUGAAGUCGAGGACAUUGACAAGGCCGUCAAGGCCGCACACGCCGCCCUGAGACAUGAGUCCUGGAAGGGCAUUUCGGCCACGGAUCGUGGCGCCCUCAUGUACAAGCUUGCCGAUCUGAUUGAGCAGCACAAGGAGACUCUUGCUACCAUCGAUGCAUGGGACAACGGCAAGACGUACGCCGAUGCCCUCGAGAUUGACCUCUCAGAGUGUGUCACCGUCAUCCGCUACUACGCCGGCUGGGCCGACAAGACCUACGGCCAGACCAUCACCAGCAUUCCCCAAAAGUUUGCCUACACCCUUCGUCAGCCCAUUGGCGUCGUCGCUCAAGUCAUCCCCUGGAACUACCCCCUCAGCAUGGCCACCUGGAAACUCGGCCCAGCCCUCGCCUGCGGCAACACAGUCGUCCUCAAGGCCGCAGAGCAGACCCCGCUGAGCAUCCUCUACCUCGGCACCCUCAUCAAGGAAGCCGGCUUCCCCCCGGGCGUCGUCAACUUUGUAAACGGCCUCGGCCGCGUCGCCGGCGGCGCCCUCGUCAGCCACCCUCUCGUCGACAAGGUCGCUUUCACGGGCAGCACGGCCACGGCCCGCGCCAUCAUGGGCGAGGCCGCCAAGACGCUCAAGAACAUCACCCUCGAGACGGGCGGCAAGUCCCCGCUCCUCGUCUUUGGCGACGCCGACCUCGAGCAGGCCGUAAAGUGGUCCCACAUGGGCAUCAUGUCCAACCAGGGCCAGAUCUGCACCGCCACCUCCCGCAUCCUGGUCCAGGAGGAUAUCUACGAGGAGUUCAUCCCCAAGUUCCUCGAGACGCUCAAGGCGACCAGCAAGGUCGGGAGCCAGUGGGACAAGGACACCUACCAGGGACCCCAGGUGUCCAAGGUCCAGUUCGAGCGCGUGCUCGAGUACAUCGACAUUGGCAAGAACGAGGGCGCGACGCUCGCCGCGGGCGGAGAACCUCUCAACAUUGGUGGCAAGGGUAAGGGCUUCUUCGUCGCGCCUACCGUCUUCACCAACGUCACGACGUCGAUGCGCGUAUGGGGCGAGGAAAUUUUCGGGCCCGUUGUGGUGAUUGCGCGCUUCAAGACCGAGGAGGAGGCUAUUGCGUUGGCGAACAACAGCCAGUACGGGCUCGGCGCUGCCGUGUUCACGCAGAAUGUCGAGCGUGCGCACCGUGUUGCUUCCGAGAUUGAGGCGGGCAUGGUGUGGGUUAACAGCACCCAGGACAGCGACCCGCGCGUUCCGUUUGGUGGUGUCAAGCAGAGUGGUAUUGGAAGGGAGUUGGGCGAGGCUGGGUUGGAGGCGUAUAGUCAGAUUAAGGCCGUCCACGUCAACAUGGGCACGAGGUUGUAA